ACGCGUUGUGAGGAGAUGAAAUGUGAUGUCAUCGAUGAAGUUGAGAUGCCACCCACAUCGCUCAAAGACUCGAGCGAGCAGUUGGUGUUGGCAGCAUGCUCGUCGACAUUCGAGAAGGAUGGAUACAUCGUUGCCAGGAUUGCGGGACUGCCCUGCAAGUUCCUGAUUGAUUCGGGGGCGCAAGUUAACACAAUAACCGAACAAAUAUUCAUGGAACUGUGUGCUGAUAAAAAUCGCCGACGACAACUACACAACAUCGAGCGGGGCACCGAUCGGCCAUUGAAAGCAUACGCGUCGGCGGUAGACAUUCCGGUAGUAUCGACGUUUGAAGCGUUCUUGGAAAUAUCGAACGAUCGUCCGAUUCUCUUAGAAAGAUUUUAUGUCGUUAAAGAGGCGCGAUCACUGCUUGGUCGGGCCACAGCCACGCGCUACAGUGUUUUGCUGUUGGGUUUGAAGGUUCCGGUGCAGUCCGGAAGAUCAUCUCCACAGUUCUGGUACGAGGCAAGUGACAUCGCGGCCAUAACAGAAGAAAGAUUCCCCAGGUUCAACAUACCACCAGUGGAGAUCAACUACGACCAAACAAAGCCUCCGUGCAGAAACAUCUUUACGAACGUGCCCCUGUCCGUGAAGCCGAUCGUAGAACAAAGACUUCAGAAGCUUCUCGUCACGGGCAUAAUUGAACGGGUGGAGGAGUCGAUGGACAGAAGAUUCUGUUCCUCCAUGCUCGUAAUUCCUAAAGGGAAAGAGGACAUAAGACUGGUUAUCGAUUUGAGGGGACCCAACACGUACGUACAACGAACACCGUUCGCUAUGCCGACACUGGAAAAAAUUCUGGCCAAACUGAACGGCGCUCAGUUUUUUUCUACGAUAGACCUGGUCAACGCCUUCUUCCACAUUGAGUUACACGAGAACAGCCGCCACCUGACGAACUUCUUCACAGAGUUCGGCAUGUUUCGAUGCGUCAGACUUUCGUUUGGUCUUACCAAUGCGCCAGAUAUCUUCCAGGAAACUUUACAAGAGAUUGUGCUAGGAGGCUGCGAGGGAACAAUUAAUUACCUCGACGACAUUCUAGUUUACGGUACUUCGAUGGUGGAACACGACAAGAAUCUGGAGGCGGUGAUGUUCUGCACGUUCAAAGAGGAGGUUGCGAACUCCAUCAGGACACUUGGAUACUUCAACACAUCAGACGAGACGGAACUAUACGUAGACGCAUCAGCAGUUGGACUCGGAGCAGUGUUAGUUCAGUUUAAUGAUCACAAGGUGCCUCGAAUCAUCGCGUGCGCGUCGAAGGCGUUGGCAGAAACGGAGCAGCGUUAUCCACAAACGCACAGGGAAGCGUUAGCCGUGGUGUGGGGUGUUGAACGCUUCGCAUUUUAUCUGACUGGCACCACUUUCGUAGUCCGCACCGAUUCCGAGGCCAAUGAAUUCAUCUUCGGGGGAAAGCAUCGUAUUGGCCGUAGAGCCGUGUCCAGAGCAGAAACAUGGGCACUCCGGCUUCUGCCAUUUCAUUUUACUAUCCUGCGUGUCCCGGGAGAGGACAACUUCGCUGACGCAUUGUCGCGACUGAUACACGCAACCCGAAAGGACAUGCCGUUCGAAGAUGAAAGUGAGGACAACCAUGCUCUGUUCGCGCUUGAUACAGGAAAUAUGAACAUUACGCUGAGUGAAAUCGAGAGAUAUGCAGAGGAAGAUGUGGAAUUGGUUGAGCUACGGAAUGCGUUGGAGUUCGAUUACUGGCCACCGGAGUUGCGCAAGUACGAAGCUCAGAAGAAGUCACUUCACUACAUCGGGACACUCAUUUGCAAGGAUGGGAAAAUUGUACUACCUGCUCAGCUAAGGCGAAAGGCGCUGACAUCGGCUCACGGAGGACACGUGGGAGAAGUCGCAAUGAAGAGGAUUAUGCGAGAGUUCUUUUGGUGGCCAAAAAUGGCGGUCGAAACAGAAAUCUUCGUCAAAGGUUGUCAGACAUGUUGUAUGCUGUCACGGAAGAACCCUCCUCUGCCAAUCUCGUCCCGGGAUUUACCGGAGGCUCCGUGGGAUACAAUACAAAUCGAUUUUUUUUAUCGAUACCCGGAUUUGGAGCUGGAGAGUUUCUCAUAG